ACUACAUUCCUCCUUUCUUCUACAAAAAACAUACCACUCAAAGAUGGGCAUCCAAUUAAUUGGAUUAGUUCACGCCAAGCAAAAGCUCCAGCGAACCCUGUCAGCAAGGAUUGGGAAUGCAGAGGCAACAUCAAAUGUUCCAAAAGGCCAUAUUGCAGUUUAUGUUGGGGAAGGCAACAGGAAGAGAUUUGUGAUUCCGAUAUCUUUCUUGAACCAUCCUCUGUUUCAAGACCUGCUAAAUCGGGCUGAGGAAGAAUUUGGAUUCAACCAUCCAAUGGGAGGUCUCACAAUUCCGUGCAGUGAAGAGUAUUUCAUUAGUAUUACUACAAUCUUAAACUGUUCAUAGUCAUAGAUGAAGCAGUACCACAAGGCUGCAGCAACUUAUGUAACAUAAUUCGAGAGUUGAGACAAUCAAUUCAAGGCGCUGUCUUCAAUUUAUUCUCUGGUGCACGCAAAUUCAAUCCUAUGCAAUCACCCGUAAUUUUUGUAAAUUAAAUUGUUGGCAAUAAGUUUGAUGACAAGAAAACAUGUUCGAUAUUUCGCGGCAGAUAGCAACUUGAAUCAGAUUGAAACUCCAACUGCAGAACGUAUAGAGGGCUUUGUGUUUAUGGGUUCUGAGUGGGUUUUAGGGCCUGUCUAGAUGGACUGAU